CUGCGGCUCAUAUAUAAUCGGAUGACACGUGGCAAACACAAAAAUCUUUCUGCUCAAAACCCUAAACGGCACAUUUCAGAGAUCUCCUCAUUCAACAUACACUCGUAUAUAUAGCCGACUUCGUCAGGGGUUUAGGUCUUGCCGUUCGCAGACUCCAGAGGUAAACCAGCGGGGCUUCCAAUCUCGCAGCCGCACAAAUGGCUCCAAAGAGAGGUGGCAAGGCACCGGUAGCAGCAGCUAAGAAAAAGACGGAGAAGGUGACUAACCCACUGUUCGAGAAGCGUCCGAAGCAGUUUGGGAUCGGAGGGGCGUUGCCACCGAAGAGGGAUCUGACCCGGUUCGUGAAAUGGCCCAAGACCGUUCAGAUCCAAAGGAAGAAGAGGAUCCUCAGGCAGAGGCUCAAGGUCCCACCAGCUCUCAACCAGUUCACCAAGACCCUCGACAAGAACCUAGCAACAAACCUGUUCAAGAUGCUUCUCAAGUACAGGCCUGAGGACAAGGCAGCAAAGAAGGAACGGCUCUUGAAAAGAGCUCAGGCAGAGGCUGAAGGAAAACCUGUUGAAGCAAAGAAGCCUAUCGUGGUCAAAUAUGGCCUCAACCAUGUCACAUACCUCAUUGAGCAGAACAAGGCACAAUUGGUGGUUAUUGCCCAUGAUGUGGAUCCAAUAGAGUUGGUUGUCUGGCUUCCAGCAUUGUGCAGGAAGAUGGAAAUCCCAUACUGCAUUGUAAAAGGGAAAGCACGUUUGGGAGCGGUUGUCCACAAGAAAACUGCAUCAGUUUUGUGCUUGACCACGGUGAAGAAUGAAGAUAAGUUGGAGUUUAGCAAGAUCUUAGAAGCAAUCAAGGCCAACUUCAAUGACAAGUACGAUGAGUACAGGAAAAAGUGGGGUGGUGGAAUCAUGGGUUCCAAAUCUCAGGCUAAAACUAAGGCCAAAGAGAGACUUCUUGCAAAGGAAGCUGCUCAGAGAAUGUCUUAGGAGCCAUGACUGCGUGUGUCUUGUUACCUAGACAUGAUUAUCCAAGGCUGUUGUUUUUUAGAUUUUUGUUUGCUCAAAUUUAUUCCCUUCGACUGCAGAGGUUUUCUUUAUUUAGCAGCAGCUUUUAUAAAUUAAGCAAGAGUUUGUGUU